AGCGUUCGGCCCCGGCGCGCCGACACACGUGAAGAUGUAUACCGUGGCAUUGUUGACGAGUACGCUUUUAGCUCUCGUCGCGGCGCGUAUUUACGAGCGCUGUGAACUCGCACGCGACCUGCUCCAGCUGGGUGUGCGCAAAGACCAUAUAGCAACAUGGGUCUGCAUCGCCUACCACGAGUCUCGUUUCGAUACCGCAGCACGCAAUCCCAGCAGCGGCGACCACGGACUGCUGCAGAUCAGCGAAAUAUACUGGUGUGGCGCCGGCAAGGCUUGCGGACUUCCUUGUUCUGCAUUACGUGACGAUGACAUCUCUGAUGAUGUAGAGUGUGCACUUAGCAUAUAUGAAGAACACACGCGGAUACAAGGGAACGGCUUUCUCGCGUGGGUCGUGUAUCCACAUUAUUGUAAACACAAUGCGAAAAAAUAUUUAGCCGACUGCGAUCAUUCUGCCAAAGAUUCAAGCUACAAAUUUGAAGAUAGAGGGCGUACAUUUACAUAUGAUUCUUACCCUAACAUUAACUUUACUUUAUCAAAUCCAGUGAAAAGUGAGUUUUCGUAUUCUCAAAGUGAUCGUUCCGUUCCAUCUUUCCUUUCGAUAGCAUCUUUACUUCGCGGUAAAUACGAGCAAGACUUUGAAAGAGAUUAUAAUAAAAAUAAAAGAGUGAACUGGGUACAGUUUAAAGUCGACAAUGUAGAUGAUUUGAUAUUGCCUGAUUUCAACAGAAGACCCAAUUUCCUAGAACCACGAACACGCAUAUCUACAACUUCUACUACAACAACUACGAUGGAACCAGAACCGCAAUACAAGCCUGUGAAACCCUGGAGAACCAUAGAAUCGAAUCAAUUUAGACGUAGAAUGAUGAAAUUUAAUAAUACACCGCUUGAAGAAAUUAAGAAUAAGACUAUGAACGAUAAUUCACUGGUUACCACGACCCUAAAAUUGUUUACAUCUACUGAAUCAACUACGCAUAGUUCAGCCUCAACGAACAGAAUGUUACAUGACAAUUAUAAUUCAAUAACAAGUAAUGCGUGUUGUUCUACUGUGGCUCAAUCAAGUCAAGCUUCAAGUUCCUCGACACAAAGACCACGUAGUUAUUUUUCAACUAAAAAUACAGUAACAUCUGUCACAACACAAAAACCAGCAAUAUUUUUAACCACACAAAAACCUGCAAUAACUUCCACGACACAGAAACCAGCAAUAACGUUUACAACGUGGAAGCCAGCGUUUUCUUUCACGACGCAGAAAUCACCUAUAACUUUAACAACACAGAAACCAGCAACGUCUCUUUCGUUUCCAAUAACCCAACAAUAUUACGGAGGAUUGACUUCUCCUGAACAAUUUCCAAAGAAGCUAUCUGUUGUCACCGAAAAUAGAGCCAAAAGUUUUUGGGACACUUUUGGUUAUCUCACAACUCAAUCGCCAAAGUUAAAGCCAGUUUCCUAUACGACGAAGUCUUUAGAAACCACAACUGUGAAACCAUACAAGCCAACACAAUUAAAUUUACAACAAAAUGCAUCAAGCCGAGAAUCUCCAACUCAAGGGUACAACUCUGUAAAUUUAAACAGGAUUGCAACCACUGAGAGAACAAAAGAAAAGUUUACAGCGACACCAACACUAAAACAAUUCCCCGUAACAAGACCAACUGCAUUCACUUGGAGAACAACAAAAAGUUGGAAUGUUCGUCAACCACAAUACACACAAAGAUAUAAUCCGAUUACAACAUAUGUUAGUGAAUAUAAGACAGAAAGACCGUUUUCGUGGAGACGAGGAAAAUCGUGGGCUAAUGACAAUCAAAAUGGAACAUAUUUUAGCACUGAAACACCGACGACGACGACAUCACAUUAUAAUACAACGGAAAUUCCUUCUACAACCUCAAGGCAACAUAAUAAUCAAAGUGUCUAUCAAUUAACAAAUGGUUUAUCGUCAACAACCACAUCAUCUCUAUCUUCCAGUACUUCAACGACAUCGAGUACUCUAUCAAAGAAAAAACAAGAAUUAACUGAAGGAUUUGCAUCGACAUCGCCGGCAACUACAAAAUCUUCCUUCUCUAUAUUCGAUAUCUACUUAAAUCCUGCUAAACGCCAACAAGUUCCAAACUUCAAGGUUUUAUUUUCUGAUAACAGCGCUUCUAAUUUUAAAAUAUUUUCCGGAGGAACCACCUCAGCCCCAUUAAAUAGGAGUAUUUCUAAAAAAAGUUAACAACUUACCAGUGGAGUGCAAAGCUAAAUUAGGGCACGGACUUUUUAUCAUUUUUACCUGAUAUUAUAAUUUGUUGCAAGACUUUAAAAUACUAUUUAUUUUGUGAUUAUAAAACUGC